AUGCGCGCCAACCAACACAACAUUACAUGUGGAACUAUGUGGCUCAGUUGAGCAGCUUAUUCAGUUGUUUUUAGUGUAUUUUCUCGGUCAUCUCUGCUCUUUACAGAUGGCUGAUGAGAGUGUGAAGAGAGAAGCUGCAGCCCAGCAGGACAAUGAUAACAAAGACAAUGACAGCAGCAAUGGAGGAGCAGAAAACCAAACUGUGUCCAAGAGGCAGAGGAAGAAGCUUCUGAAGCAGCAGAAAUGGGAAGAAGAGAGGGGGCUGAGAAAGCAGAGGCGGAAGGACAGGAAGCAGCAGCGUCGGCUGCAGAGGCAGGAGGACGAGGGAGGAGAGACCCAGAAUGUGAGGAAACGUCCACGCAGGGAGGUGACGCCCAGCUCACUGAGGCUGGUGGUGGACUGCAGCUUUGACAACCUCAUGCUGGUCAAGGAUGUCGGGAAGCUUCACAAACAGAUCCAGCGGUGCUACGCUGAGAACAGACGGGCCUUGCAUCCAGUGCAGUUCUAUCUGACAAGCCUGGGAGGACAGCUGAAACAGAGCAUGGAUGAAAAGGACAAAGGAUGGGUAAACUGGAAGGACAUCAGCAUUAAACCAGAGCACUACAGUGAAGUCGUGGCGAAGGAGGAGCUGGUGUACCUGACGUCAGACUCUCCCAACGUGCUGGAAGAGAUGGACCACAAAAAGGCCUACGUGAUAGGAGGCCUUGUCGACCACAACCACCAUAAGGGGAUCACCUUUGAGAGGGCGAAGGAGCUUGGGAUCGAUCACGCUCAGCUUCCUCUGAGCAGUUUUGUCAAGAUGAACAGUCGGAAGGUUCUGGCAGUCAACCAUGUGUUCGAGAUCAUCCUGGCGUACCUGGAGAAGGGCAGCUGGAAGGAGGCCUUCUUCACUGUCCUGCCUCAGAGGAAAGGAGCGGUGGCUGUGGACAAGGACGGAACAACUACUCAGGAAAAAGAAGAAGAGGAGGAUUCAAACUCAGACUCUGACCUCGACACACCAGACCAAACUGAGAAAAGAGCCUGAAACUUAGUUCAAAUGGACAACUUCAGACAGUUCAGACAUGUUGAUAUAUUGAUGCUGAGGCUCCACAGAGGGAUGUUUCUGUUGACAAAGCAUCUGUUUCUUUGAAAUUUCAAAAUGCGUUUUUUGUUUUUAAAUCAACUAUUUAUUGAAAGUUUUACUUUGUGCCUCCUGUGAUGGGUAAUAACUUAGUUGAACAGCUAAUGGAAGUUUCAGUUUUACUUUGUUUUGUUUUUGGCAGAAUAUACAGAAAAUAAUUUAUACUUGAAUUUGUAUUCCUUUUAGCUCAAAGCUCUAGCUGUCAGACCGGUGUUAAAUGUCUUGAUUAAAAAGAGCAGAUUUAAAGAAGCUGGAUAAAGUCAACACAUUAUUGGCCGUGGAAUUCUUGGAGUAUUAUGGGAUGUUUUGAGAGUAUAGCCACAAUAUAAAAAUGAGUGAA